UUUUUUGUCGAAUUGACACAGACGUAAAUCUUGUAAAUACCGAAUUCAACGACCUAAGUGGAUUGAAAUUGAUCAGCAAACGAGAAAUGGCAUCUCCGGUAGUAUAGUGAAGAUCGAUUCGGACGAAUCCGCCUUCCGGCCACACGACGAAGUCGACCACGAACUCGAAAGUGUCGAGUUCGACUACCACGAAGAUGUUGGUCUAUUCCCGUUUCGAGGACCUUGGGGGGAAUGUGGUCCUGGACACCAAAAAAGUCUUCGGUAGACGCAUUGAAGACGAACUCAAAAGAGACGGCGAAGCUCCUGCUGCGGAGAAAAGGCUGUUGCGGAGGGAAAUAAUAAAGCCAGAACCGGAACAACAAGAUGGCACAAUUAAGAUUUGUAUCCCUGGUUCAGAAGUUCUUCAAAUGUUGGUGCGCGUUCUGAAAAGACCGGCAAGGAUCAUCAACGUUAUACCAACUUCCUGGUUGGAUGGGGAGCCGUCCUCCAGUCAAAUUUGUUAUCCUGUUUCAACUUGUCCUAGUCCUGUGGACGAUGGUGCAAAAGGUGAAGACGAAGACAAUACUUGGGAUCACGGCCAAAAACAUGUCCAAAAGAAGAUACCUGACCUGGUGGUUUUGGCUACCUGUGGUGCUGGUAUCUCACAGAAUAGUACAACUAGUAAAGAGAGGACUACAACAUAUGGAGGAAGAGAGAAGCGUCAAUAUGUUGAAGAGAACGAGCCUGUUUUGGUGUACAAGAUCGUCUACGACGUGAGUUUCGAGAAGCUAUACAAUUGUUCCGAGAUGUGCAUCCUUGAUGGGGAAGAGCAAAUUUAUGAGGUUAGAACGGUUUUGUCUCCCUCUCCUAUGUAUAAUCAAUCUUGGUUGAGAAGGACGAGACUAUCUACGCUGGAGGUCCCUCUUACAAGGUUUUAUUUAGUAUCUUGCAAAUGUACAUCACGUGUUUCUUACAUUCCCCCCGUAGAAUGUCAUUACAUUAUACUUAAAGAACGGUUUUGUCUCCCUCUCCUAUGUAUAAUCAAUCUUGGUUCAGAAGGACGAGACUAUCUACGCUGGAGGUCCCUCUUACAAGGUUUUAUUUAGUAUCUUGCAAAUGUACAACAUCGCGUGUUUCUUACAUUCCCCCCGUAGAAUGUCUUCAUUACAUUAAAUAGUUAAGGAGUAGAUCAUGUCGUGUAAGAAAAGUUCACUAGCCUAGAAGAUUGCUCGUGAAAAUAACGGAGAGGAAGAAGUGACUUAAGGAGUAGAUGUCGUGUAAGAAAAGGGCACUAGCCUAGAAGAUUGCUCGUGAAAAUAACGGAGAGGAAACUUCUGUCACUUCUUCAACGUCGUUCAUAUUGUCACCGACUACGACAGCGACGGCGAACGGAGACCUGGAAAGAAGACUGUGAGAUGCAGGGAGUGCGCGGACCGCUUUAGAAGACUAUUUCCGGGAGGUGAAAGUGGGAGUCUUACUUCGUCAGAAGGCUAUUUCCAUGGAGGAGAAGAAACGGCCUUUGUAGUUUCUGGAAGCGGUCCAUUAGAAGGGUUUGCUAAAUUUGCGCGUAAGAGGUACCGAAAACUGCGUCAGCAUAUGCAAGCAAAAAUGCGGGAGAUAUAUCUACCUACCAGGAGCAACAACACUACAACAAAUAGAGGUAAAGCGAAGCAACAAAGACCUGCGACGGCGACAAAAAAGAACAGACGGAGAGGGCGGAAGGGCCAGAGCGCAAGAAAUGGCCCGGUCGAAAUAACCAGCAGAGGGCAAGACUUCGCGCCAGCUGGGCGUACUGCUGCACGAGCAAUGCCACCUGAUCAACGCGGAGACGAACGUCAGGGAGGUCAGGGAAACGUGAUAUUCAACAUGAAAAACGAUGAUGUAGAGGUGGAGGGGGAGGAAAAUGCUCGUCCACAGCAAAGAAGAGGAACUUCAAGACGAAAAGUGGAUUGGCAGCAUUGUCGCACGUGGGGGAAUGACGGCUUUUUUGAGUUCAUCUACACUUAUGGUGGGCAGUAUAUGCAAAAGAUUUUUGUUAUUACUCACUUUGCAGGGAAGUCGUAGGUCGAACCCGAAUCGACUGACAUCGUUCGUCAUUACGCACUUUUUUUCGAACCGACGAAGGAGCGAAAAUAUCUGAGCUACAAGGAGUUCGUUCUUGCUGGCAGCAGCUCAACUAAGAUAAAGAUUAAGAUGUCUGAAUAGAGGAGAAGGGCCUCGGCCUGCCUCUAAUACAAACAUUACUCGGAGCCGAUGCAGGCGAACCGGCAGAUCCCUGAAGGAAAGCGCAGCCAUGACGAUGGCCUCUUAGGUCUAGACUACGUAGAGCCAAAAAACCGAGUAGAUCUAGACAUGGACGCGAUGAUCGCUGAGGCCUAUUCUCUAGGACGACUGUGUCCAGAUCUCAAUUUAAGGUCGUUUGGAGGAAUUGGGCUAGUAAUAUUUUAUCGUGUGUUGUAAAAAUAUUUUUCCAAAUAUUUGAUAGCCGCGCAUAGUCUUUCUAUAGUGGCCGAAUGUACGGCUCCUCCGAUAUUCGUAGAUUUGUGGCCGAUUGUGCCGUCUUAUGCGUCCCCAGUAUGUAACUUGGAUGAUUUUAGAUAGGUUAAUUAAUUGAUUGAAAGGGCGGUGGCAUAUAGUCCUAACGCAAAAAAAAAAAUACAGUGGUCUUCCGAGUGGCCAUAUCAGGAGCACACGCAUGAACGCGACAUGUAGAUGUGGUUAAGAUUAUUUCAAAGGCGGACAAUGAAGUGUGCUGUCUGUUAAAUAGGUGUAUCAUGUCAGGCUUUUUUCUUUUUGAAAAUACAUGGCUACCUAGGUCCACGGAUUUGGCUCUGGUAUAUUCCAAACAGAAUUUUUGACUUAUGUUCGAUUUUAUAUAGCGUUUCCAUUCCAAGCGUAAUUCCAAACAGAUUUAGAUUUUUCGAUAUAAAUUAGUUGCCUCAUGUUCUAGACCUCCAAUUUUUGGUAGUUUGCGCGUGCAUCUACGAGAACAGGUUGCCCUUGAUUUCCUCAACCCUGCGACGACCGAAGUAACAAGUGAGCGCGUGAACGAUGAGGAGAUACUUCGGUAUUUAAGGAUAACGCCAGUCCAUCUUUUGGAACAUCAACAUCUUUUGGUUAGUUUCCGGGACUUAGAAGCUUGGGAUAGUUUCUAGUACUUGAAAACAUCCCCUAAAAGAUGCGCCAAGAGAAGAUGGGUUCUGGGUACAACCUCUAAGGUAUAGGAACGUCCCUGCUUGGUCCGUGUUUCAAGUGCCUGCCGUAACACAAUCGGAGCAUGAAAAGUGGCAUGGAAAUCAACACAGAAUGCAGGGACCGCGUCACGACGAUAGCCACUGGAUAGAGUCAGAAAUUCCCUACCUCGUACCCUUAGAAAGAGGAGGACGAGCAACUAGUACGGAAGAAAUUGAAAUAGCAGGUAAAUCCGCUGAGGAUGGUUUCGCUUCCGGCAUUGGUUCGCAAAGGAGAUAUCACAUCUUUCACCCAACAUCUGCCGAAAAUAGUCGUGUUGCACAUAGAAGCGCGAGUUCGUCAUCCACUCUCUCCUCUUCUCCUCUGACAACCUUGUCCUUGCUGAGGGAGUUGCGAAUGCAGAAGAGUGAGAGGGAGGAAAGCGCUACGGCUGGGAAUAUUAAAAGUUGUGGGAACAAGAAGGAGAAGGAGAUGAGGACCAUGCUGAAAAAACUGCGAAAUCCCGCUGUAGACUUCUAUGAAGUCUUGCCUUGCACGUGCUGCCAACCUCGUUCGCCAGGGACUGUUAUAGAGGAAACAAGGAAGCAACACCGAGAAGAAAAAGGUCCGCUAACAAGUCUUACGGAAGCAGGUAAAAUGUAGUUAAAUAUGUGCCAGGGAUGGAGGCCCCUCCUCCCGCCCCUGUGGAUGGCGCUGUGGUGGCACCGGCGCGCCCUUUUUUCCGCUGUGGUGUGAGGUUUUGCGGGGGGGAAGGCCUCAAAAGGCGGCGCCGGAGUUCCCUUGCGGCUCUUCGCAUGUGCCUUACAGGCGUCCCAUCUCCUGGACCCUAUCGCGGAGAAGGCGCCUCUUGCUGGGUUGCCCUGAUCCCCGCCAACUGGUGGCCGCGUCAGGUUCCACCAAACGCCCGGGGAGGUUUAGGACCAAGGGCUAGGAGGGGUAGGGGCAAGGCGUGCCCGGCGGGGUUCUGUCGGAUACGUGGCACAGGGCGACGGGGUCAAGCCUUGCCACCUUUGUCGCCUUCGGAAGCCUUCUACCCCUGGCCGUCGGUGUUUGAACGACUCCAAGGACUGGGGUUCUUUAGGGCACAGGCAAGAAGACGCAAGAGAGCGGAGGUGGGCGCUUGGCGGCCUCCUCGCCCGGCAGUCCUCCAAAAAAGGGUCGGGGGCUAGAUGCCCCCCCGCCGCCUCCUUAGAUCAGGGGUGGCCUCUAGCCCUGAGCCCUGGGGCAUAUAUGCUUCGUUGAUAGUUUUUGAUCAUCCUGGUCUUGUUCUUCCUACCAUGUGCAUGUGCUGUGGUAGUGCAGCUACUUUGAGUCCUUUUGGUUCCUCCUUGUCCUUGCUUAGAUGAAGAAGUUAAAGUUUUGCGUCGAGUGUCUAAGAAUCUGGAUUUGCUCGUUCGUGAUGCGGUUAAGUUCGGCUUAGAAGGCGAAGGGAGUUUCACGAAGCACCACUUUACUGGUACGGAGAACGAGAACAAAGACAAACAGGAGAACACCCAGAAUAUCGAUACUCUAUUCAUCAACGGUAAAGCCUGGCACCCUGACGAGGAUGAUAGGCAACAGGAACAGGCCGCUGGUGGGAAUCAAGAUGAAGAGGCUCCUCUAGACGACGAAGCGGAUGCCGUGAGGGUGACGAAGCCCGCUUAUUGGUGGACAGAUUGGGUGGAAUUCAGAGGUGGUGGCUGCAUGUCGGCCACUUGGAAUUUGCGGUAUCUUGCCGUCCUCUCUCUCGUCGGCGCCCAUUCUCUGGAGGACGUAGAUAUUCGGGAUGACUUUUUGCUUGCAGCAGGUAGAAGCUCGGAUGUUGUUGAAGAAAAGGAGGGUGUAGAAGGCGAGCACCAUGAUCCUGUUGUCGAUGUUCUUGGCUUGGUGGACCCUCAUGACUUUCUUGGAGAUGCACACUCAUCCGUUGCAUCCGUUCUCGGUUCUUCCGAUGAAGAACAAGAUGAGGAAGACGUAAAAGAGGUAAGGGAACUCCACCGAGCCAUUUCGGAGCUUUUUCGUGUGAUUGAAAGUGCAUUCGCGCAGUUUUUGGUAAAACCACUUUUGGCACGUGCGAGAGAUCCUCCCGUCUUUAAGAGAAUAGUGCUACAACUACAGACUUUAGCAAUACUUUGUACAUCCUCCUAUGUGAAGAUUUCAAGGCGAAAGUUACCAAAGGGAACAGCGAACCUAUGUUAUAAGGCAGCACAACUAUGAUCAAAGAUCUUCACUCCUGCCGCACACACGUCUCGUCCCCUAAUGUUUCUGAAAGAAUGGAUGUGCAAGGACGAAGCUAUAGUACGACGCACACGGACACUUUUCUGGAAGGCGGCCUACACGAGGUUGAUCGUCCGAACUACGGAGUGGGUGGUGGAUGGCGACCAGCAGUUUCUCGGAACACGAGAAGGAGCUAAGAACAGUGUCUAUUUCAUCAUCUAACCCACCUCCUAAGAAGUCUCCAUUGUUUCAUAGCUUUCCUUCUCAAGUUGACUUCAAGGUAUUACGGCAAUGUUACAAAUAUUGAUGAAGACUUCGUUGGGGUUGAUAAAUUUUUUCAACCAACGUAGUAGUUAGCGCUCUAAGAUUGAAAGGACGACUUCGUACACAGCUUCGAGCCCUGGAUGAGACCGACAGGAAGAUUAUACGAUGAAAAGCAGGAUGAUCCAUGGUGGCUUCGUAAAGGACUUAGUGAAGUAAUGGCGGAUAACUGUAACUUCGAUUAAGGCCUCUGGUACAAGAAAUCCAUCCUCUAAAUAGCUUGCCCAGAACUCACUGUCGUUGAUCCGAACCCCUGGAGGUUGAAAACUCUUAACCCGUUAGGUGGUUGAAAUAUUGCGACUGCCCAAAGGGUUAGUGUUGGCCUGGUUCUUUUUUAUUUCUCGUCUAGGGGAAAGGAAGCAUUAGGAAAAGCUCAUUCCUUUCCGAAACGAGAUCCGCGACAUACAGGGACAUACAGGGACACUCAACUGAGUGAGUGAAUGAAAAGAAGCAUUCUAGGAUGCUCCUCAAGUAGAUGGGCACUAUGAUUAUGUUGCUCACGGUGGUCGUUUCUAAUUUGAGCUACCAGAUUCGAUGUUCAUAGUUGCCCCAGAACUAGCAGGCGAAGGUUGCGAGCAGGAUUAUGAUCGCAAGGUCUUCAAGCACGAGGACGAACACGAGGACAUACCUAGUGCUUUAUCUAUCAAGAUGAAUAGUCGAGUUAUGGAUACCAACAGCCCAGCUCUCACGACGCCAUCUCUUAGCCAAUUCCUUCUUGGAACAAGUUAAUAGAUGAACUUGAACUUCCGAAAUAAAGAUAUGGGUAGUUGUUGUGGCACCUCUAAUCGAAGGAGAAAGUGGCUGUAUGGUGUUGCGUCGCCGCUUCGGGAGGACUUUCCUGAUACUAGGCUUGUUGAUGAGCAGAGUACAAAAGAGAUCACUGGCCUUGAGGAUGAUCGCAUUCUUGUGGGACGAUGGGAUUACGCUAGUAACAAAGUCACCUCGAGACCAUGGACACAUCUAAUAGACUUUAGCAUGGGAGAGAACAAAGCCGACACUUCUCAGUUUUAUGAUCAUAAUUUUUUUUGGUGAAUUGACAUCCAGUGACUCCCGUUGUGGCACCUGACUAGAAGCUUACUCACUACUGUGCCUCUUUUUAAUGUAACGACACACGCAGUGCAUUUAAUAGAGCCUCGCGUUCUUCAGAUGAGGUCUCAUCAGAUGAGGUAAGAGCUGCAUUACUUAGAUUCAUGUAGUUCUCUUGCAGCAUUUAUCAAUCGAAUUCACAUGUACUAGUUAUGUAAGAGCACGAAUUGAAUAAUGUUGCAGAGUAGUCAUUCCCAAUCAAUACAUAAAAAUGUUGCACAGCUAAUCUGUCUAAUCUGGAAACGGCAUCAUGGAGAAGGUCGACUUCGUAUACAGAAGAAGGCAGUGCUGGGCACGGAAUUCGACCUUCUGGAACGGAACAAGUUAAGGUGGCUUACAACUUAGACUUACUUACUUUGAACUACAACCUAAUCUUAUAUGAUCAUCUCUAGUGAAUGUGAUUCGCUGAGGCGGAGCAGUCACCUUGACGUGACAGCAUCCUAUCCUAUCCUAUCCUUUCCUAUCUUGUGUGAUAAUGGAUAACAAACAGGAAGAAAUUUAUUGAAGCCGGUAGUUAUAACUUAUUUCCCUCGUCUGACUCAGAGACUUGACUGAAGUCCUCUCUACAUUCUAACUCCUUCGAUAUACAGACCUUGAAAAGUCCUAGGCUCAGCUUAUUAUUUCCCUCGUCGUCGUCUUUUUCUUCCUCCUUUCAAUGACAUCACAAGUACUCGAAUACUCAAAAUGAGCGAGUCACUGACUGAAAUAUGAGAGUCUUGACUACAUUCUUCUUCUUUCAGUACAGGCUCCCUUAUUUUAAGUAGUUACUCGCUUAUUUCAGAUAAGUGACGUGUUGUGGACUGUGUCUGAAUGUGGACUAUGGUUAAAAGAUCACUUUCAUCCGUUUGAAGCACUGGCAGGAGGAACGCAGACAUGGCUUGCGGUUCAAAGGGCCGUGAAUUUACGGCAAUUUUUUGUGUCAGGCUAGCUUCUGAGUAUGCUUUUCAGUUACUUGUAGGGUUUGGGAUGACAAGAGGCGAUAACCACGACCCACAAGGAGUCCUCCUUGGGGCUAUACACCAAAGCGGAGCAGUCACCUUGCGUGGCGGCGAAGUAGAGACGCCCUAUCCUUCUAUCCUAUUUACUUUUCAGUUACUUAUAGGGUUUAUGGUUCCAGCAACGCGUAGGUAUCGGUAUCCUAUCGUAUCCUCUCCUAUCCCCUAUUCUUUCCUACCUCAAAUUUAAUCUAAUUACUGCAAGGAUGAGCGUGUAUGACGAAAAGGAGCGCAUGGACCGUCGGUUGCAGCACGACGUUCAUUAUUUGCAGAAAAUGAUUUGCUUUUAAGAGAGUUCAGCCUGAACGUUCAUUAAUAUUUCCUAGCCUUCAUUAUUUGCCUUUUUUAAAGAUAGGAACUAUUUCAUUACUCCUCUCUUGUGGAGUCAACGCAAACGCUUGUGCGACGAGUAUUGAACGAGUAAUAAUGAAUGAAUGAGUAAAGAGUGACUAUCUGUAUCUACUGAGGCGGUUUCCGUUUCUCUACUGUGCAAAUAUAAGUACUAAUCAGACCAGUUCUUGGUCUGUGGAACUGCUGUUAGAUGCCUAUCUAAUGGAUAAUGUACAAGGUCCGGAAAUGUUGGGAAUGCCGCUUGCAAUUGAUGUGGGAGAAGGAAAGAGAAAGAGCAAGCAACUCAAGCUGUACCACUAAAAAAAAAAGGAAGAUCGAACGACGUACAGGUAGCAAUAUUAAGACUUCCGGAAUAAAUCUCCCAUUUUGAAAAGCAUCGAUCUUGGACGACCUCCGUAUAAAGAAGAAACAGGUCCAAGAUCAUGCAUCCUCAAAGUGGGAGAUGCAUCUCAAAGGUCUAAGAAUAAGGCGGGUUGUCAAAAUGAGCCACCAACGUGGAAGAUUCGAAGCGAUUUGGAGACUUUUCUGCGGUACGAGUGCGGAUUUCAGCGGCGAGGGGAGAGCACUGCACAAUUAACGCGUGAAAUGAACAUGAUUGAGAAGUGGUUGUUUACGUCUAGUCCUUCUGUGGAAAACGAAAGGGGAGUGGAGGGUCUUGCUCAGUAUGUUAAGGCUACCCCUAGAGCAUCCUUAGCAUCAUCCUUGGCCUCUUUUUCACGGGGAAAAAGAAGUAUCUAUCCGCCAAGGAUGUCAUGAGUCGCAAAGAGGAAGAUGCGAACGCGGUAGCUCUAAGUAUGUGCCUGAACCUGUCAGAAAAUACUGGAAGGGCUUCGGCAUUUUCAUCAGAAAGCAUGCUUGAGUGAGCGUAACGGGAAAAUGGAAAAAAAUCGUAGACUAGUUGCGCCUCCAGAAGUAGUUGCAAACAGCGCAUGGAUAGUAUCUUCAUCUUGAUCUUCUGAGAUUGAAAAUGAAACCACGCAUGGAUAUUCUCUGAGAUUGAUUGAAAAUCAAACCACGCAUGGAUAGUAUCUUCUGAGAUUGAAAAUGAAAGAAUGAAAAAGUUUAAAGAAGAUGGAACAACAUUCGGUUCGUUCCUUGCUCUUUUUAAAGAAGAUGGAACAACAUUCGGUUCGUUCCUUGCUCUUCUUAUACGAAGGUACAGGGUCGUAACUGAACUGCCUCAAUUUCUUUAGGCAGGGCGGGUACAGAGGUAGCUGGAGAUGACAUACAUUAGAAAUUAAAUGCAGUGACGAUUUGAUCAUUCAUGUAGCAAGGAUGGCAAUCAAUCAUCUCUGACCAUGUGUCGGUGUCCAUGUGACCUUUGUCAAGUGGCCUUCUCUGUGAUUUCUGUCUGGGAUCUACUGGGAACACGCAGUUUCAUCUAAAUCGUUGGUAGUCAAAU